AUGACACAACCGAGUCUAUCCACAUUUGCUGGUAAUCCUGAGGGCGCUGCGCGGAGCUUAGACGUCCGCGUCGUGCCCAAGGCGAUGCACAGGUCUACACCUGUAGCUGUUAAAGCUACCGCCAGACUUCGUUUUCGCAAUACUCGGUGUUCUUCUCGAGAAGAACGUUGA